GUAAAUGAUAAGACGAAAUUCAACAUGGCCGAUAGCAAGUCAAAGAAAACCACAUUUGGACAAAUGUAGCCAAUAUAUCCGUAAUAUACUUCACUUUGAGAGUAGUUUUUUAAAAUAUAUGAUAUAUAGCUAAUGUGGUUGAUUUGUGUUUUGCAAUAGUUUAGCUACUCAUGACUUCACAUAAUUGUUUGGUCAUUAGCUAGCUGACAUUUUUCGAAUAGCUGGCUACAACGCUAACGUUAGCAAGCCACCAACAACAAGCCUGCAAUUUUUUUCGCCGUGAGGACAUGUGCUAGCUAGCUGGGAGGUGGACAAGUGUCGCUCCGAUUCAUUUAUGGAUUUCCAAGCUAUUACUUUGAGACGCCCGUUCUUUUAAUUAGACGGCUUCGUAUGCUAGGUACUUUGGCUCGAAGGUUGCUGCUUAGUUUGGGGCUCGGGUGGAGUCUGUCACUGAUAGCAUUUUUUUGUCAGGUAACUAACUAGCUAGCCGGCUUUAGUUUGUGUUAUUGACACAAACGACCAGAGAGCACACCGCUAGUUGCAGAAAGGUCUAAAGGAACUGAGCCCUUCUACGUGGAAAAAUAGCUAACAUGGAUCCGAAGCGUGGAUACAACAGAAGACAUCAAAACAGCAGCGAUUCGAGCAGUAACAGCCCGGGGUCGCCUGCCAGUCCUGCACCGGGAGUCAGCAAAGCAGCGGCGGGCAAUUCAUUUGCCAAUGAUGGAAGUUUUAUGGAGAUGUUCAAGAAAAAAAUGGAGGAAGAGAAAAGGAAAAAAGAAAUGGACCAAGAUAAAAGUACUGCUGACGAAGGACAGUCGACACAGGAAAAGAAGACUCCAAGUGUGACCAGCUUUGUAAGGGGUUUGGCAGUUGUUAGCUAGAGAUUGUAGCCAAUGGCAAUGUCUCAAUUAACAAAUUACAAACAUGAUUUUGUUUUUUAUCCACCACACACAGCUCACGUUAGUGAAGAGCUGCACUGCAGUGUCACCAAGGAUUAACCUGAAAUCCACAUCUGGUCUAGAAAUUGGAAAGCAUUCAUUAGCUACUCAAAUAAUUUUUCCCGUGAUAACAUAGGCUUGUUCUGUGUUCUCUCGUCUUGUAUAGUCUCCAUCAUUGGCAGUCCACCCGCAAGGGCUCGUAUAACGGUUUCAGUCUUCUAUCCCCUAACCCAGGUGGGGAAGCGCAGAGGUGGCUCUAAAUUGGCGCUCAAGACUGGCAUGGUUGCGAAGAAACCGAAAGUGGAUCCUGAGGUUCAAUAAAUAUAUUUUCCAGAUUGUCUUCAUUAAAUACCACUUGUGUCCUCUAAGCCAUUGUCUAAUUAUUUAUUCUGUUUUCCAGAUGGAGGGCAAGGGGGAUGCCUGGACAAAAUACAUGGCAGAGGUGAAAAAGUAUAAAGCCCACCAGUGUGGCGAUGAUGACAAAACCAGGCCUCUGGUCAAAUAGACUCUGGAGGACCUUUUAGAAAGAACAAUAAACAGGAAUUGGGACAGCCAUCAAACCUUCUGCCAGACUUUUUACUCAUUACAGCUGUAGAAUUUGUCACCUAUUUAAUAUUUGUUUAAUCUUGUUUUUCCAGUUUCCUUUUUGGGUUUAAAUGAAUGUCAGCUUGUGUGCUGUGUGGGGCAAUAGUAGUUUGAUGUGGAGUUAAAAAGGCUUUUGGGACUGUAUUGGAGUACAUUAAUGGUCCUGGUUGAUUAUUUAAGGUUUAUACUGUCAGGAUUGUAGCUCCUGGAUUAAGUCAUGAGUUAUUUUCUGAGUUCGGUUGAGAUAUGGCAUUUGAUGUCAGCUAAAUCAAAGUUGAAAUUAUAAGCACCGCCCAUUGACCUGUGUGUUGUGCCUUGGGUGUGUUGGCUUUGUCUGGACCCCUAACCCUAAAGAACCUCUGCUGGUUCAACCUCAGUCUGGAGGAAGCACAGAAAGUUGUGCAGCCUUGAGUGUUGAUUCGUUUGCCUUUUUGGGCUGCUUCAGAUAAGCAACCGUCAGGCAGUUUCUCCUGUUUGUUACCCCUGUCAAAUAAACUUUUGAUUAAUCAGACUCCAUUCCUUUACUCCAGGUAGCAUGGUAAAGUGUUUCUUGGCAAUACUGACCAUUUGUGGAUUUUAAGAGCCGAUAUUGAGACUUAGUUCCACCCACUCUGAUAUACUUUUACUAACUUUCCACUAUGUGGAUGUUACUGGCUUGUUUUCCAUUUUUAUAGGUUAUGUAGUGUUGUAGCACUUCAUAAAAGCGAGUGAAGGCACAAGACAUGAGGGAACAGACUUACCCAUG